CUUUCGUUUUCUCAUUGUCUUCGCAUUGCACUGAUCAUCAGCACUCAAAAGUUCAUCCAGUUUCAAAACCAAUCUAAUCUCUUCGUGGGCUUUCUCUCUUGAUUUGUUUCUUUUUCCAUUUCAGUACGAUGGCUAACUCAUCCAUUCUUUGCUUCUUCCUUGUGUCUUUGUUGGUUUCUGCUAUGGCACAAUCCCCUGCAUCUGCACCUUCGACAAGCUCACUGCCACCAUCAACUUCUCCACCCGUCUUUGCUCCUGUUCCUUCUUCACCGUCGCCUUCGGAUGAGCAACCGGUUUCUGCUCCAUCUCCGAUCACGACUCCACCAGUGGCUGCACCAUCCCCCGCUACUGUUAACUUCCCUCCAAAGCCUUCUGCCGCUGCUCCAGCAAACCCUCCGUCCUCAAUUUCCAUUCCACCAUCUGUGGCUCUGGAGCCUUCGGAAAACGGCGCCGUUUUGAACAGAAUUUCUGGCUCAGGAUCCAUUGUUUUUGGGCUGAUCACUGCCGCUUUGAUGAUGUAGAGAUUUGAGUAAACAGCGGGGCUCCAUUCACGAUCAGUGUGCUUCACUUUUUUGUUUCCUUUAUUAUUUUUUAUUUUUUAAAAUAUAUGUUACAUAGAAUAGAAAAUUUAUGUUACAUAUUAAUCUAAUAAAAUAAAUUUUGCAAUAAUAUUCCAAGUUAUAUCUCAUUUUCCAAGCGUUUCAUAAA